AUUUAAGAGGUGUCAUGUGAGGGUUGUACUUUACUCCUGUUUUAGACACAACGGAACAAACUUCAAGCCUUAUUUUAUAUCAUGGAGUUAGGCAUCAGUUCUCUGUUGAGAGUGAUUCUCCUCUGGAACUCUUUGUAUGUCAGUAGUUACAUAGCCAACACAGCGGCACACAGUCAUUCUGAGGUGAACACAGGUAAAACAAACCCUUCACACGUCAGAACUAUCAGGUCAGUGUACAGUCAUCCUGGACAAACUCUGGAGCUACAAGAUGAUGGAAAUAAAGAGAUGGUGCGCUGGUGGCAGACGCCUUUUGGAUUGUUCGAAGGCUGCGGCCUUCACAGCAAAGAUCCUGUGGAAACAUGCAACAGCAGUUUGAGGAUUUCAAAGGUCACCGCCAGCCACGAUGGGCUCUAUUUGUGUGUCCGUCAAGAUGCAACUGGCAGAACAAUCUCGCCGUACAGAGUUCAUGUUUUAAAUCCAAACAUGAAGGAACGGCGGAGGAAGACCAGAGGGGCGGAAGUUAAUGAUGACACGGUGCCCGACAACCAAUUUGUAGCUGCUGUGACAUCAUCGGUUAUCGUGACCUUUUUUGUGGCCUUCACACUGGGUGCCUUCACUCGAUCUUAUGUGAUAAAGUGCCUACAAAUGACUAGGGCCCGCAUGCCUCGUAAGAGACACCAAGACCAUAAUAACGACCCAGAACACCCCACAAAUCCCACACAACCUGCUCCCUUUGAACGAGUGCACUUUUAUAUAACCCAGGACUCUGGAGAAGACACUGUGGACAUGGUGGGGUGCCGAGCGAAGGAAGAUUCGAUUCAGGACAGCGAGAGAGAUGGUGACGUAGAUGCCGCAGUACAUGAAAGUGCGAAUGACCGGAAUGAUGAAUCAAACCACCCUCAUUGCGGUGAAGAACAAAACCAAGAAUUCGAAACCGUACCGAGUCCACAUCCAAAGAAAAAGACUCGUGUCAUUAAAGUGUACAACUACGACGAGGAAGGGCAUCGAUACGGUCACAUGAAAGACUCUGGGGUUGAGGGUGAAGACGAGGUCAGACCAAGAGUGAGAACAAAGUCACUGACUCGACUCAACGCCAUUAUGAAACAGGCAGAAUCUGUGGACUUCAACCCAGAUUAAGAUUCCACAGACAGCCAGUCAGCUUCCUAAAAAAGCUUAACAAAUGUACAAGAUGUACGAACAGAACAUAGUUCUGAAAUCUCGCCACAUUUAAAAAACGUCUUGUAAACAUUUUGCUUGUCAUCAUAAAUGUAUAUUAUGUGUUUUGACAACCUGCACUGUAGUUACCAGCAAUGGGCCUUAUCUGUGGACAUUUUUAUGCAUAUAUUGUGAAUAUAAUUGCGUUAGAAUUACGUUAUGGACACUAAAGGGUACAUUAAA